CCAUUAAUAGGCUGCUAAAUAUCGUGCGUUUGAACUCGUUUGACGAUGUGCAUGCGCAUCGGCAGUCGCUUUAUAAAUCGAUGCAAGGCUGACCUUGUCACCAUUCCGUCUGAAUCAGAUCGAAAGAAGAUCCACUUCUGAAAACCCAGUUUGCAUCAAAGGAUUGUUUAGAAGAAAACUACAAAAUGUCUCACAGCAGCAAAAGAUUUGUUGAAGAACGAACUUCAAGCUACAGACGCAAUUUUGGAGGAAAUCGAUCCUUGUUUGACUAUGGAACUCCUCGUACAACAGGUGGUUCUUCCCGAAGCUUCAGCAGAUAUCAAAGUUCAGGUGCUGGUGGAGCCAUUGCCGGCGGAACUGGGGGCCAUCACAUUGUUCAGGAACAUGUUUCAGUUGUAAGAGGAGCCCCUGUUCACAGCGGAAUCUCAAUGAGGGAUAUAUCUGCAUUGGAAGAGAGUAUGGGAACUGAAUUUCAAGGACAAAGAAUCAACGAAAAAGCUGAACUUCAACAGCUUAACAGUAGAUUUGCUGAAUAUAUCACAAAGGUAAGAAAUUUGGAACAAGCAAACAGAGUUCUUGAGGAACAAGUUGCUCAACUAUCUUCCACUAAACCUUCACGACUGGCGGAAACUUACGAAGAUGAGCUCAACAGACUCAGACGUGAAAUCGACAGGCUAACCAGCGAACGAUCAUCCCUCGCUCUUCAAUUGGAAAACGCACUUAUCGAAAUUGCUAAGUGGAAAGAUAUGUACGAUGAAGAACAGAUCACCAGAAAAGAAGUUGAAGACGAUCUUGCAGGAAUGCGCAAGGAUUGCGACGAUGCAACUUUGGUCCGACUUGAUCUUGAAAGAAGACUCGAAACCUUGCAGGAAGAAAUUGAGUUUUUGAAGAAAGCACAUCAACAAGAGGUUGACGAAUUGGAAGAUAGAAUCAGAUCAACUGAAAUCAAGAUUGAUGCAACACCUGCUCCGGAUCUGGAAGAAGCUCUGCGCGAUGUACGUGCUCAAUAUGAAAACAUUGCUCGCAAGAACAGAGAGGACGCAGAGAAGUGGUAUGAAGAUAAGGUCGGAAACCUCAAACAACAAGCAGCAAGCAACGACGAGGCUUUGAGAGCUGUCAAGAAUGAAGUGAGCGAAUACAGAAAAACGGUUCAGACUCUCAACCUUGAGAUUGACUCAAUGAGAGGAACGAACGACUCACUGCAAAGAAAUCUGGGCGAUUUGGAAGACAGAUACAACAGAGAUAUGGACGCAAGUCAAGAAACUAUCAAUAAAUUGCAGUCUGAAUGCGAAGAGUUGAAGACACAGAUGGCACAACAUCUUCGUCAAUAUCAAGAACUUAUGGACGUCAAAAUGGCACUUGACCUCGAAAUCGCCACCUACAGAAAACUUUUGGAAGGAGAAGAAACUAGGAUCAGCGACAAAGUUCAACUCAUGAGAACUUCAGUACCAGUUUAUUCAUCAGUCCAGAGAUCAUAUGGAAGCAGAUAUUCAGACGUUAAGCAAGAAACCGCAGAUUCUCGCCAAACCGAUGAUGUUGAGACAGUCACAACCAAAAAGGUUGUUGUGAAAACCAUCGAGACGAAAGAUGGAAAGGUUGUCAGCCAAACUGAAGAUGUACGUGAACAAUCAAGCGAUUCAUAAAGUACCGAUGAUACAAGAAUAUAUCUUCUACCCUGUUGAAUACCCAUAAACUAUAUUACUUCGAUAACCAACGUUUAUUCAGCCACCGGACAAACUUUAUUCGCGAAUAACUUGGAUUAAACAAAUGAACUAUGCUUUCAGAAUUGUUUUUUAUGGUUUGUGAAUGAAACUGAAGAGUGUGAAGAGGAAACGUUGUUAACAUCGAGAUAGAAAGAGUAAACUAGAUUGUUUUUGUCUGUUUUUAUUCACGUAACGAGUUUUAACCGAGGGUAGAAUGUAUAGUUUGUUAGUUUUUUUCACAAAAUAAAAGACAGUAUGUUUUAUAACACUAUAUCAAUAACUUAGACUUUCUUGAUUAUCUCAUUUUCAAAAUAAAUCAUUGUUUAUAAAAUUG